AUGUCGUCGACGUCUAGAGGAGGAGGAAUGUGGAUGGAUCAGGCGGCGGCAGGGGUGGGGACGGGAGCGACACCACCGCAGACUCAACGGAGGUUAACGAGGACGCAGACAGCAGGAAAUCUUGGAGAGUCGAUAUUUGAUAGUGAAGUAGUGCCUUCUUCACUUGUUGAGAUCGCGCCGAUUCUUCGUGUUGCUAAUGAAGUUGAAUCUAGCAAUCCUAGAGUUGCUUAUCUUUGUCGAUUUUAUGCCUUUGAGAAAGCUCAUAGGUUGGAUCCUACUUCUAGUGGACGAGGUGUUCGUCAAUUUAAAACUGCACUUCUUCAACGUCUCGAAAGGGAGAAUGAUCCAACCUUGAUGGGAAGGGUUAAAAAAAGUGAUGCACGAGAAAUGCAGAGUUUUUAUCAGCAUUACUAUAAGAAAUAUAUCCAAGCAUUGCAAAAUGCUGCAGAUAAAGCUGACCGUGCCCAGCUUACCAAGGCAUACCAGACUGCUAAUGUGCUCUUUGAGGUUUUAAAGGCCGUUAAUAUGACACAAUCUAUUGAAGUUGAUCGAGAGAUCUUAGAAGCUCAAGAUAAAGUUGCAGAAAAAACUCAGAUCUAUCUCCCUUACAAUAUCCUGCCACUUGAUCCGGAUAGUGCAAAUCAAGCUAUUAUGAGAUAUCCUGAGAUCCAAGCUGCUGUUUUUGCUCUGCGUAACACAAGGGGUCUUCCGUGGCCCAAGGAAUACAAGAAGAAAAAGGACGAAGAUAUUUUAGACUGGCUCCAUGCAAUGUUUGGGUUUCAGAAGGAUAAUGUUGCAAAUCAAAGAGAGCACUUAAUCUUAUUACUUGCUAAUGUGCACAUACGGCAAUUUCCCAAGCCUGAUCAACAACCAAAGUUGGAUGAGCGUGCAUUGACUGAUGUGAUGAAGAAACUUUUUAAGAACUACAAAAAAUGGUGCAAGUACUUGGAUAGAAAAAGUAGCCUUUGGUUGCCAACCAUACAGCAGGAGGUGCAACAACGUAAAUUAUUGUACAUGGGUCUGUAUCUUUUGAUAUGGGGGGAAGCUGCAAACCUGAGAUUUAUGCCGGAAUGCCUUUGCUAUAUUUAUCAUCAUAUGGCAUUUGAGUUAUAUGGCAUGCUAGCUGGAAAUGUGAGUCCUAUGACAGGAGAAAAUGUAAAACCUGCCUAUGGAGGUGAAGAAGAGGCUUUCUUGAGUAAAGUUGUUACUCCUAUCUAUAAUGUGAUUGCAAAGGCACGCUGGCCCAUGCGUGCAGAUGCUGAUUUCUUUUGCCUAUCUUCUGAACAGCACCGUUUUGAAAAAAAUGAGGAUGAUAAACCAGCCUAUAGAGAUCGAUGGGUAGGAAAAGUUAAUUUCGUGGAGAUACGAACAUUCUUGCAUGUCUUUAGAAGCUUUGAUCGAAUGUGGAGUUUUUUUAUACUGUGCUUACAGGCUAUGAUUAUUGUUGCUUGGAAUGGUUCGGGGCAACCAAGUGUUAUAUUUAGUGGCGAUGUGUUUAAAAAAGUAUUGAGUGUCUUCAUUACUGCUGCAAUAUUAAAGCUUGGGCAAGCUAUCCUUGAUGUCAUUCUUAGUUGGAAGGCACGGCAGAUAAUGUCAUUCCAUGUCAAGUUGAGAUAUAUUCUGAAGGUUGUUUCAGCUGCUGCAUGGGUUGUAGUUUUACCUGUAACAUAUGCAUACACUUGGGAGAAUCCUCCAGGAUUUGCUCAAACCAUCAAAGGUUGGUUUGGUGAUAAUUCCAGCUCGCGCUCCUUGUUCAUAUUGGCUGUAGUUAUCUACUUGGCACCAAAUAUACUGGCGGCAGUAUAUUUUAUGGAUGCCCAGAUUUGGUAUGCCAUAUUUUCCACGUUAUUUGGAGGUAUUUAUGGUGCAUUUCGACGCCUUGGAGAGAUUCGAACUUUGGGAAUGCUCAGAUCUCGUUUUGAAUCAUUGCCUGGUGCUUUCAAUGCCUGUUUAAUUCCAGAGGAAAAGAGUGAGCCAAAGAAGAAGAAAGGCUUGAAGGCAUCCCUGUCUCACAAUUUUACUGAGGUCCAACCCAACAAUGAAGAAGAGGCAGCAAGAUUUGCUCAGCUCUGGAAUAAAAUCAUCAGCAGUUUUAGAGAAGAAGAUCUUAUUAGCAACAAGGAAAUGGACUUGUUGCUUGUUCCAUAUUGGGCUGACCGUGAUUUGGACCUUAUACAAUGGCCUCCAUUUUUGCUGGCUAGCAAGAUCCCAAUUGCAUUAGACAUGGCAAAGGAUAGUAAUGGUAAGGAUAAGGAGCUGAAAAAGAGAAUUGAGGCUGACAAUUACAUGUCUUGUGCUGUUCGUGAAUGCUACGCUUCUUUUAGGAACAUCAUCAAGUUUUUGGUUCAAGGGGACCGUGAAAAAGAGGUGAUUGAUUUCAUAUUUUCUGAUGUUGACAAGCACAUAGACCAGGGUGAUCUGAUGAAAAGUGAUUAUAAAAUGAGUGCUCUUCCUUUCCUCUAUGAUCACUUUGUGAAGCUAAUCAAAUACUUGUUGGAUAAUAAACCAGAGGACAGAGAUCAAGUUGUGAUUCUCUUCCAGGACAUGCUGGAGGUUGUGACAAGAGACAUAAUGAUGGAGGAUCAAAUAUCCAGUCUGGUGGAUUCUAUCCAUGGUGGAUCUGGAUAUGAGGGGAUGAUUCCCCUUGACCAACAAUAUCAAUUGUUUGCAUCUUCUGGAGCUAUCAAGUUUCCAAUUGUACCAGUAACAGAAGCAUGGAAAGAGAAGAUAAAGAGGCUUUUUCUUUUGCUUACCACAAAAGAAUCUGCAAUGGAUGUGCCAUCCAACUUAGAAGCUAGGAGGCGUAUUUCUUUCUUCUCAAACUCAUUGUUUAUGGACAUGCCUACUGCACCUAAAGUUCGCAAUAUGCUUUCUUUCUCUGUUUUGACUCCUUACUACACAGAGGAGGUACUUUUCUCCCUGCGUGAUUUGGAAGUGCCGAAUGAAGAUGGUGUUUCAAUCCUCUUUUACUUGCAAAAGAUCUUUCCAGAUGAGUGGACCAACUUUCUUGAACGAGUGGACUGCAGUGAAGAAGAAAUAAAAGGAAUGGAUGACUUGGAAGAAGAACUUCGUUUAUGGGCAUCAUACCGGGGCCAAACUUUGACUAGAACUGUGAGAGGUAUGAUGUACUAUCGGCGUGCUUUGGAGCUUCAAGCAUUCCUUGAUAUGGCCAGACAUGAUGAUUUGAUGGAAGGCUACAAGGCAAUUGAAUUGAGUACUGAUGAUCAGUCAAAGGGGGAAAGGUCACUGUUGGGACAGUGUCAAGCAGUAGCUGAUAUGAAAUUUACAUAUGUAGUAUCAUGCCAGCAAUACGGAAUUCACAAGCGUUCUGGUGAUCCUCGUGCACAGGAUAUUCUGAGGCUCAUGACAACAUAUCCAUCUCUCCGUGUGGCAUACAUCGAUGAGGUUGAAGAAACUAAUUCAGACAAAUCCAAGAAGGUCAUUCAAAAAGUUUAUUAUUCAGCUCUAGUGAAGGCUGCCUUACCUAAGUCCAUUGAUUCUUCUGAGCCAGUGCAAAACUUGGACCAGGUCAUUUAUCGAAUAAAACUUCCAGGACCAGCCAUCUUGGGUGAAGGAAAGCCAGAAAACCAGAACCAUGCUAUUAUCUUCACACGUGGAGAAGGCUUGCAAACAAUAGAUAUGAACCAGGAUAACUACAUGGAAGAAGCCUUAAAAAUGAGGAACUUGCUGCAAGAAUUUCUUAAGAAGCCUGAUGGCGUGAGGCAUCCUUCAAUACUUGGACUUAGAGAGCAUAUUUUUACUGGAAGUGUUUCAUCUCUUGCGUGGUUUAUGUCAAAUCAGGAAACCAGCUUUGUGACUAUAGGUCAGAGGCUACUGGCCAACCCUCUGAAAGUGCGGUUCCACUAUGGACAUCCAGAUGUAUUUGAUAGGCUAUUCCACCUCACCAGAGGGGGUGUCAGUAAAGCUUCUAAGGUUAUCAAUCUGAGUGAAGAUAUAUUUGCUGGCUUCAAUUCUACACUACGGGAAGGGAAUGUUACCCAUCAUGAAUACAUACAAGUUGGGAAGGGGAGAGAUGUGGGCCUCAAUCAAAUUUCAAUGUUCGAGGCCAAAAUAGCUAAUGGCAAUGGAGAGCAGACUUUGAGUCGUGAUAUAUACCGGCUUGGACACCGUUUUGACUUUUUUCGAAUGUUGUCUUGCUAUUUCACAACUGUUGGUUUCUACUUCAGCACUCUGAUAACUGUGCUCACGGUAUAUGUAUUCCUUUAUGGCCGCCUUUAUCUUGUACUCAGUGGGCUUGAAAAAGGUUUGAGUACUCAGAAAGCAAUUCGAGACAACAAACCUCUUCAAGUGGCUCUUGCUUCUCAAUCUUUUGUUCAAAUUGGAUUUUUGAUGGCCUUGCCCAUGUUGAUGGAAAUUGGCUUGGAAAGGGGUUUCCGAACUGCACUAAGUGAAUUUAUAUUGAUGCAAUUACAACUAGCACCAGUAUUUUUCACUUUUUCUCUUGGCACAAAGACCCACUACUAUGGAAGGACAUUGCUUCAUGGCGGUGCAAAAUAUAGGCCCACUGGUAGAGGUUUUGUGGUCUUCCAUGCUAAGUUUGCUGACAACUAUAGGCUGUAUUCCCGCAGCCACUUUGUCAAGGGUAUUGAGAUGAUGGUUUUACUUGUUGUGUAUCAAAUAUUUGGUCAGCCAUACAGAAGUGCAGUCGCCUAUGUCCUAAUAACUAUAUCUAUGUGGUUUAUGGUUGGUACCUGGCUUUUUGCUCCAUUCCUCUUCAAUCCUUCUGGUUUUGAGUGGCAGAAGAUUGUUGAUGAUUGGACUGAUUGGAACAAGUGGAUAAAUAACCGUGGAGGAAUAGGCGUUCCACCAGAAAAGAGUUGGGAAUCAUGGUGGGAAGAAGAACAGGAGCAUCUUCAUCAUUCUGGAAAGCGCGGUAUUGUAGCAGAGAUACUGUUAUCUCUAAGAUUCUUUAUCUAUCAAUAUGGGCUAGUAUAUCAUUUAACGAUUACAGAGAAGAUGAAAGACAGAAGUUUUCUGAUCUAUGGUAUAUCAUGGCUGGUCAUCUUUCUAAUAUUGUUCGUGAUGAAGACUGUAUCUGUUGGACGGCGAAAGUUCAGUGCUAACUUCCAGCUUGUGUUUCGUCUAAUUAAGGGGAUGAUAUUCCUAACUUUUGUGUCCAUUCUUGUCACUUUGAUUGCACUGCCUCAUAUGACGGUGCAGGACAUCAUUGUAUGCAUCCUCGCUUUCAUGCCAACUGGUUGGGGGAUGCUUUUGAUUGCACAAGCAUGUAAGCCUGUCAUUCAACGAGCUGGAUUUUGGGGAUCAGUUCGAACACUAGCACGUGGUUACGAAAUUGUUAUGGGCUUGCUCCUGUUCACUCCAGUUGCAUUCCUUGCCUGGUUUCCAUUUGUGUCUGAAUUCCAGACUCGUAUGCUGUUCAACCAAGCAUUCAGUAGAGGUCUGCAAAUUUCUCGUAUUCUCGGCGGCCAAAGGAAGGAUCGCUCUUCAAGGAACAAGGAGUAA